AUGAUUCAAUUAUAGAGUUAAUAAAAUAAAGCAAAAACCUGUAGCCACUAAAAGGAGAGAGUGAAAAAAAUCUUUAAUUAUUUAAAACUAAUAAAAUAGGAGUACAGUAGUAGCAAUAAUAAGUAGUUGCUUGAGUUUCACACUUUGGCGCAAACUGGAAAUCUCGUCGGUUCAAUGUCUUCGGCUUUUGGUUACCGUGGCAACUGCAAGUGAUUAGAGAGAGAAAGCGAAAAUGGAGGUGGAGAGAAGAAAGGUGAUUCUAGUAUGCUGCGUCGUCGGAUUUCUCGGUCUGCUAUCUGCUGCGACAGGCUUUGCUGCGGAAGCUAAGCGGAUUAAGGGUGGGCAGGUCCAGUUUCCCUCUCCUGAAGAAUGUAUAUAUCCCAGAAGUCCUGCCCUAGGCCUUGGUUUAACGGCGGCUGUUGCUCUCAUGAUUGCUCAAAUUAUCAUAAAUGUUGCAACUCGAUGUGUUUGUUGUAGAAAAGGCCCACAUCAGUCAAAUUCUAAUUGGACGACAGCUCUGAUCUGCUUUAUCAUUUCAUGGUUUACAUUUGUCAUAGCAUUCCUUCUAUUGCUAACUGGCGCAGCUCUGAAUGAUGAGCACGGUGAAGAGAACUUGUACUACACCAACUACUACUGUUAUGUUGUAAAACCUGGCGUUUUCGCUGGAGCUGCUGUGCUGUCUCUUGCCAGUGUCAUUCUGGGGUUAAUCUACUAUCUAACCUUGAAUUCAGCAAAGAAUGCAUGGGGUGCACCUGUCCCUCCUCCUCAAAGUCACAUUGCAAUGGGGCAACCUCAUUUUCCUCCUCAAGAUCCUUUAUUCGUGCACGAGGACACUUACAUGAGGCGCCAAUUUACGUAGUCACUUGGUCUUGUGUCUGUAGUGAUUAUGCCAAUUGGUACAAAAUUAGUCUCUUGCUUUUUCAGUCUUCAGUGAAAAGCCUUUUGAGUGAUUUGAGGGAUGUGAAAAUGGUAGGUUCCAAAAAGAACUGAUCCCAAAACAGAACGAAAGAAAAGUGUAGCAACCAUUUUUUUAAAUAAAAAGAUGCAGUU